GAAAUAGCUUCCCUUGAUCAAGAAAAACAGCCUUAUCUAGAGCCUGGGCAGCCUCAGCUUUCUCCUGGAAUUUCAACAAUUAACCUGCAUCCACAGUUUCCAGUAGUGAUUGAGAAAACAUCUCCUCCUCUGCCUGUUGAAGUUGCUCCUGAAGUCUCUACAUCAAGUGCAAGUCAAGUAAUUGCACCUACUCAAGUUACAGAAAUCAACGAAUGUACAGUUAAUCCUGAUAUCUGUGGAUCGGGACACUGUGUUAAUUUGCCUGUGGGAUACACUUGCAUCUGCUACGAGGGGUACAAACUUAACGAUCAGCAGACUAAGUGCUCUGAUAUUAAUGAGUGUAAUCAGGCGCCCCAUCUCUGUUCCCUUGGACGCUGUGAAAAUACAGAAGGAAGUUUCCUAUGUAUUUGCCAAGCUGGAUUCAUGGCCGGUGAAGAUGGAACUGACUGCAUUGAUUUUGAUGAAUGUUCCAGACCUCAUACUUGCGGGGAAGGCUUUUGUAUAAAUACCCUUGGCUCUUUCAGAUGUGAAUAUUGUGACAGUGGAUACCAAAUGAAUAGAAGAGGUGAAUGUGAAGACAUUGAUGAAUGCCUGACUCCAGCCACUUGUCCAGAUGCACAGUGCGUUAAUGCUCCUGGCUCUUACCAGUGCAUUCCCUGCAGAGUGGGAUUCCGCGGCUGGAAUGGGCAGUGCCGGGAUGUAGAUGAAUGUCAAUAUGGCAAUCUCUGUACAAAUGGACGUUGUGAAAAUAUGGAGGGGUCUUUCAGAUGUAUUUGUGGCCAGGGUUUCAAACUCUCGGCAUCAAAGGACCAGUGUGAAGAUAUAGACGAAUGCCAGCACCGAUCACUCUGUAGGAAUGGUCGCUGCAGGAACACAGAAGGGUCUUUCAGAUGUAUUUGUAGCCAAGGCUACACAUUAUCAUCUACUGGAGAUCAGUGUGAAGAUGUUGAUGAAUGCGUUCAAGACAGUGAUGUUUGCCUUGGAGGAAACUGCAUGAAUACUGACGGGUCUUACAAAUGCACUUGUCCAGAUGGUUUCCAGCAGAUAGUGAAUAGAGGAUGUAAAGAUAUCAACGAAUGUGAGAGAUCUGACCUCUGUUCACCUCACGGGGAGUGCCUAAACACAGAUGGUUCCUACCAGUGCAUAUGCGAGCGGGGCUUUUCUGUGUCUGCAGAUGGCCGAACGUGUGAAGAUGUUGAUGAAUGUGCAAACGGCACAAUAUGUGGCAGUCAUGGGUUCUGUGAAAACAUGGAUGGCUCCUACCGCUGCCUCUGUUACCAAGGGUAUCAGGACUCACAGGAUGGGCAAGGAUGCACAGAUGUGAAUGAAUGUGAAAUGCUGAGUGGAGUAUGUGGCGAAGCCCUCUGUGAAAACGUCGAUGGUUCUUUCCUGUGCCUGUGCUCUGAUGAAAACCAGGAGUAUGAUCCGAUGACCGGACAGUGCCGCUUCCGUACCUCACCAGAAUUACCGAUAGAGGCUGAUCAACAUGAAGAUGGAAAGAAGGAGUGCUACUACAAUCUGAACGAUGCUAAUUUCUGUGACAAUGUGCUUACGUCCAACGUAACCAAACAAGAAUGCUGCUGUACCUUGGGUGCUGGCUGGGGUGACAACUGUGAAAUCUUCCCUUGUCCUGUCUUUGGAACUGCUGAAUUUACUGAUUUGUGUCCUGAAGGAAAAGGUUUCAUUCCCUCUGGAGAAUCAUCUUACGGGCUUCUUGCUCAGAAUUACAAAGAUGCUGAUGAAUGCCAACUCUUUGGACAAGAAAUCUGUAAAAAUGGCUUCUGUUUGAAUACACAGCCAGGUUACGAGUGCUACUGCAAACAAGGCACAUACUAUGACCCUGUUAAGCUCCAGUGCUUUGACACGGAUGAAUGUCAGGACCCAAACAGCUGUAUUGAUGGCCAGUGCAUUAACACAGAAGGAUCUUACAACUGUUUCUGUACACACCCAAUGGUUCUGGACGCAACAGAAAAGCGAUGCAUCAGACCAGCAGAUUCAAGUGAACAAACUGAAGAAACUGAGGUCUACCAGGAUCUUUGCUGGCAGCAUCUAAGUGAUGACUUUGUUUGUAGUCGACCUCUGGUUGGAAAGCAGACGACAUACACCGAGUGCUGUUGCCUGUACGGUGAAGCCUGGGGCAUGCAGUGCGCACUGUGUCCAAUGAAAGAGUCAGAGGAUUAUGCCCAGCUGUGCAACAUUCCUGUUCCAGGAUCUCGACGGCCAUAUGGACAAGAUGCUUUGGUUGACUUUGAGGAGCACUACACUCCAGAAACAAAUCCAUACUUUGUUGAAGACCGUUUUCUGAACAGCUUUGAGGAGUUACAAGCCGAGGAAUGUGGUAUUCUGAAUGGAUGUGAAAAUGGCCGAUGCGUAAGGGUCCAGGAAGGCUACACCUGUGACUGCUUUGACGGUUAUCACCUGGACAUGGCCAAAAUGACUUGUGUUGAUGUGAAUGAGUGCAGCGAGCUGAACAACAGGAUGUCUCUCUGCAAGAAUGCCAAAUGCAUUAACACAGAAGGUUCGUACAAGUGUUUGUGUCUGCCAGGGUACGUACCUUCAGACAAACCAAACUACUGCACACCACUGAACUCUGAACCAGACAGUGAACUGGAGUAGAGGAAAAAUCUCCAUAUCCUAAGCCCAUAUACUCUGCACUGUAUAAAGAAAAGGAAGAAGAGUAUUUAACUUGAGAAGAGAAGGCACCGGAGUGGCAAACGUAAGAGGAGAAAAGCAUUUAGAAUGUGUCAAAGGUGAGACGUGAUGGGCUGGUGGUGUAUCAGCUUCGCUGAAGUGACAGACCAAAUGGACACAUUACUCUGUAUGAAAGAAAAAAUCAAGUAUAUAGUGUGUUCAUAAGGAAAAAAAUCUUUGAAAAUAAGCAAAAACAGUGCUGUUAUUUUAAACAGAAGAGCUUUGGUUUUCUGGUUUGGUUGGUGUUUGUUGUUUUUUUUUUACUAUUGCUUGAUUAAUUUGGCAUUUAAAUAGUGAUGGAAAUAUUUUAUAUUACUAUGUCAUUUUUUGAUUGUUCCGUUCCUUGCCUACUGUUUCUUUUCAGACCUUUUUUCUGAUCAGUACAAAGUCUAUGAUACAGAUAUUCCUAGGCCAUUUUAUACGAACCGUUACACAGGGUAAUGCUCCUCCUUCUCUGAAACAUUGGUCAGUGACUUGUUUUUAUUUGCUAGUUGUCUGCCCUGUGGAGCAGGCACCAUUUGUUUUUAAACCAAAUGUUUUUAUACCUUGGUGAAAAGUCCUUAUAUUCAUUUUGUAUUCUGUAUGGUUGUUACUGCACUUAAAAUCUUUAGAACCUUUCUUGCCAAGUUCAAAGCUGCUAGUGGACAACAUUGGAUUCCUUUUGUACAUUAAAACAAAAGAUUUUAGCUCACGUCUGUAUUGUAAUGUGUAAAUUGAACACAAGAGAGAUCUUGUAUGAUUACCCUAACAUAUUAAAGCUGUAUAUUAAAACUCAAUAAAAUUACCUUUUUUUUUUUAGAAAAAAAGCUA